AUGGUCGCAAUAAUUUCACAUUACAAAUACCAAUACUUUGUAAAAGAAAUACAUUAUCCUUUGUUAGAUACAAACCCAUGCAGUGUCAAUCCAUGCGAACACGGGACGUGCACCACUAGUACUAAUGGCGGUUACACAUGUAAAUGUCAUACUGGUUAUUCGGGAACACAUUGUGAUCAAGACCCAUGUAGCAAUACUCCGUGUGGGCAUGGCACUUGUUAUCCAACCAGGACUGGUAGCUACACUUGUUCCUGUCAAAGAGGUUAUUCGGGAAAUAACUGUGAUCAAGACCCAUGCAGUCAGCAUCCAUGUGAUCAUGGAACUUGUUAUCCCACUAAUGAUGGUAGCUACACUUGUUCAUGCCAAACAGGUUAUUCAGGACAUAACUGCGAUCAAGACCAAUGCAGUAUUACUCCUUGUGCACAUGGAACGUGUCAUCCCACCAGUGCUGGGAGCUAUACUUGUUCAUGCCAACCAGGUUAUUCGGGAUAUAACUGCGACCAGACGAAUCCCUGCGAUUCCCAACCUUGUAAACAUGGUGGAACAUGUACACCAACAACAACUGGUUACACGUGUUCGUGUCCAUGGAACUAUGGAGGACCCAACUGUGAUAACGGAUGUGAUCCUAAUCCAUGCGAAAAUGGCGGCACAUGUACACUCGACUUAUGGGAAAAAGCUCAAUGUCAAUGUCCAAAAGGCUACGCUGGUCCAAGAUGUCAAACGGCUAUCGACCCCUGUGAUUCAAACCCUUGUCAAAAUGGAGGAGCCUGUUACCGUAACCUAUGGGAAAUAAAGUGCGUCUGUGUUCAUCCGUAUGCAGGUGAAUUCUGUGAAAUCUUGUUGAAUCCAUGUGAUCCAAAUCCAUGUCUUAACAAUGGAACAUGUUUUCAUGAUGGAAAGUGGAACAAAGUUUGCUGGUGCCCUGACAAUUUCACUGGGAAUGAAUGCCAAAUUGAGGAUCCAUGCAAUCUCAUUGAUUGUAUGAAUGGAACAUGUGAAAACGGAACGUGUGUAUGUCCACCAAAUGUUACCGGAUCUACGUGUGAGGAUCAUGUUAUUGACCCGUGUGAAACUGUAACUUGUGCAAACGGGACAUGUGUCGAAGGGAUGUGUGUCUGUUUAGAUGGUUUUACUGGAGAAAUGUGCGAAAAUCCAGUUGAUUUGUGUACUGGUGUAACUUGUCAAAAUGAAGGAACAUGUAUCAUGGGAUCAUGUAACUGUGCUGAUGGUUUUACAGGAACUUUGUGUGAAACGACUCCUUGUGCUUCAAUGCCAUGUAUGAAUGGUGGUACCUGCCAGAGUUUUGGAGGGGGUUGGAUGUGUCAAUGUCCUCCUGCGACUGGUGGAGUAAAUUGCGUAAAUACCGGUUAA